AUGCAAAAAUCCAACAAAAAGGAAAAGCUUGAUUAUUACAAGAUUCUUGGACUUGAUCGGGAUUGUUCCGAAGAGGACAUCAAACAAAGUUAUCGGAAAUUAGCCAAACAGUUUCAUCCUGAUUUGAACACGAACAAACAAGAAGCCACACAAAAAUUUCAGGAAAUUACCGAAGCUUAUGAAGUAUUGUCAGAUCCCGACAAGAGACAGAAUUAUGAUGCUUUCGGAGAAGCAGGUCUCAAUAACAAUAGUAAUUCCUUCGAACAAAUGGAUUCUGUUAUGAAUCCCUUCGAUAUGUAUUUGAAUCAAUUUGGAUUUUUUGAAACAUUAUUCGGAGGAAAAACAAAACCUCCAACCAAUGAGGAUCAAGAAUCUGUGGUUAUUCCAAUCGAUGUCACACUCGAAGAGCUCUACAUGGGAUGUCAACGAGAAUUCACAAAGAAGAGAAAAAUAAUUUGUAGAACUUGCAAUGGUACAGGAGCAUUCUCAAAUGAACAUGUGUUUUAUUGUAAGGCCUGUAAAGGUACUGGAAGAAGAAUAAUGAGAAGAACUCUUCCAAGAAAUAUUGUACAGCAAUUUUCCACGAUUUGUAUGGAUUGUGAAGGUAGAGGACAAUAUGUCACAAAAAAAUGUGAGACCUGUAAAGGAAGAAAAUUGGUCAACGAGAUUACAACCGUCACUGUGAAAAUUGAGAGAGGAAGUAGACAUGGAGAAAGGAUUGUAUUGCGAAAUCAUGGAGAUGAAUGGCAGAGUAAGGCAACUAGUGACAUUACCUUUGAAAUUAGACAGUUACCACAUAAGGAAUUUGAAAGAAUUGGAGACGACUUGUACGUGAAGAAAACAAUUACUCUAUUAGAAGCUCUCACUGGAUUUCAAAUGACACUCAACACCCUCGAAAAAGGAAAACAAAUUGUCGUGAAAUGUGAAGAUGAAGUCAUUCAGCCAGGACAGAAAAAAGCAAUCCCCAAUCAAGGAAUGCCAAAGAAAGGCACUACUAAUGAAUUCGGUCACUUGGUGGUUGUUUUUGAUGUGGUGUUCCCAGAGCACUUAAAUAUGGAGAUGAAACGAUAUUUACGAAUAUUACUCGAUCCCAAAACGAAAGAUCUUUCAAGCAUUCCUAUUCCACACGAUUUAAGAUCGGUUGCUUCGUCUCUUUCUUCUACGGAUGGAAGUAUCUCAGCAUUUGAGAUUAACAACACGAAUGGAAAUCAAAAAAACGAAAACCAAACCAUCUUUCAUGCUCAAUUUCUUCCUGGUCAUUAUGGUGUUAAGAAGGGUGUAUCACCACUUUCAGGGUCAAAUAACCACAGUAGUGAGAGUAGCACAAAGAUCUCAAGUGAUGAUGGUUCAAUUUUUUCUUUCAUUAAGAAUAAGAUUAAAUCCAUGUUUGUAUGA